UCAAUCACAUCCUCGAAGAAACAUGCAAUAUGCACACUGCUUUCAAUAUUUUGUAAUAUUUUUCGCGUUUUCCGUUAAAAACAAUGCGGCUUUAAAAGCUGAUGAAUAACCUGGAACGGUCGUUAUUUGAUGAGUCUUAAAGGAGCUAUUGAGCUUUGAAUACCGGUCGCGAUCUCUGUGUUAAAAUUGCCAUGGCUACGUUGGAUAGCCUGUUGCUAUGGCGACUCACCAAUGCAAAUGAUUGCGAUGGCUUUUUCAAGAUGCCGAACUCCGUGCUGCAGGGUCACGUGAUUGAGACAAUAACAACAACAGAGAAAGACUGUCGAGCGAUAUGCAGACGCAACAGCGCUUGUUACUCGAUCAACUUUCGUAAAAAGUCGCAAUGUGAUUUGAAUAGCGAAACUCAUUUUGCUUUCCCUGGACAUUUCAACCCUGGCGGAGCAUCUGACACGUACUACGCUGUUGUGAAACCAGUGACCAGGUGCAGUAGCAUGCUCUGCAGCAGUGUGAUGGUAUGCAAGAUGCGAAAAGGCGGGAAGGCAUACAAGUGCGGAAAAGGACAGUUUAUUGCCCAUUUUCCCACCAUCCUCCACAAGAACGGGUUGAGUUACCAUCCUCUGCCUCUCAUCAAUGUCUUCUCGGUUUCCGUGUGGUUUAAGACAAAUAUCGUGCCAGGAUCCCAGUUGCAGACCAUUUUCUCUAUUUUCUAUCCACCAAAUGUGGACGCUUUCGUGAUAGAUCUGCGCGACAAGCAAAUGAGGAUUGAAAGUACAGGUGAUACCAGAGAUAUCUCAUCCGGGGAACUCCGCGAUGGGAACUGGCACCACGUGGUGUUCACCUGGAGCGCUGUGAAUGGUGCCUAGAAGCUUUACCUCAACGCGACCUUACUGGAUCACGGAAGUGACUUUUCAACAGGUUCCUCGAUCGCUAGCGGGUAUUUGGUGGUAGGGCACGAGCAGGAUUCGUACGGCGGGGGUUUUGACAGUGAUGUGGGAUUCUACGGCAGCAUGGUGGGUUUUAGCCUAUGGUCACGUGAGCUGAGCGAGAGUGAGAUAGCUCGCCUAGCCUUGUCCUGGUGCGCUCCCCUAGAGGGGGAUCUGGUUAAAUUGAGUCAACUCUACCCAAGUUACGUCCUUAGUCUGGGCGGUAUCCAGGUCGAGGCGCUGACAUGCGAAUGAAAUCGAUCACGACUUUAGCCAACUGGCAGUCUUUCUUUUUAUUACGAUUUUAUUCUAUUGGUAUCUUUUCCCACCAGACCACGAUGUAUGGACUCAACCAAAUAUUUUUAAUUGACUUUGUCAAUUUAUAAGAAAAAGCUAAGCUGUAGGUAAAAUCGGGUAGAGAGUGAAGAAACAUUGCACUUUAUGGUAUUGUAAAUUACUAAGCUAUUGCUUAUUAGUAUAAAUCUACUCACAUACUAUCACGAAUCCUGCAAUUUGAUUGGCUCCCGUACUCACUAUCUAUUGAGCGAUGGAUAGCGAGUAGCGAAAAAAACAGCUUUUUUCACAAAAACAACGUAAAUUAUUAUUAAAAUCGUCAGUUAUUCGAAGGUAGUAUGUGAGUAGAUCUAUACUAAAACAAUGAGACUACUCGUUCUACGCGCCUCGUUGACUAUCUAUUGACUCAUAGAAAACUCGAACUCGUAGUCUAAUUAUAAAUUAGAACAAGAUUCAAAGGAAUACAGGAGAAGCUCAUUCGAGCAACAGGCGACUUGCGCUAAUAGAUCACGUGAUCUUCCUGGGUGGCACAAAACAAAAUGAUCAAUUGAAAAAAUCAGAAAUGACUGCGCCCGUCACACCAGAGAACGAAGGAGAAAUAAAAUUUUAAAGGAAACUAAACCCUUUCUGAAAAAAAGAAUUCUAGUUUUUUUGUUCGCGCUGAGUAAGUUGCUUUUAUUUGUUGUUAUUUUGCCGCUAAAAAGCCUGAGCGCCCGCUAGUUAGCCACUCAAACAGUCACGCGAUCUCUUAGCGCAAGUCCCCUAUUACGUGAUGUCUCUUUUUGCUUAUUUGAUUUUUGCGUCGUCUCCACAGCUUUCAAAAUAUGUUUAAAUCUAUAUAAUCAAAUCUGUAGUAAUAACAGUAAUAGGUAGUAACUACUAAGUCCAACAAGCUAGACAGUUGAUUUCCCCUUCACGAAUACUUCAACGACUUUUGACGUAUUUCAUAAAGGAAAGAUAGGUUUAUAGCUUUCUGCGAGGGUAGGUUGAUCUAUCUCGAUUACCUUAUUACACUUAAUUUUCGCAUCAAGAUUUUCGAAAAUAAAAGGACGCGAAAAUUAGGAUGCGCGAAAAUUAAAUGAGUACACAAGAAGUCUUUGGCGGAAUAUUGGACGUUUAAAAUAAGCUUUAUGGAAACACCUUGUCUGUUUAGUCAUCUAAUGUACAUCAGGGGCUCAAAAGUAGGGGCAAUAAUCUGUAUUAUAUAAAUGUCACAGCGUUUCCUAGGAUCAGGCUAUUUUUAGACGCGCGAGCACGAACGGGCCAAUCAGCUACUUUUUGACGUUUCGCGCGCGCGAGUGACGUGAGGCUGCACGCGCAAAUUGCAGUUAGGAAGAAUAUAUUUUUAUCCAUCAUCCGUCGGUUUUGUUUGUUUACCAAAAGAAUCGCAAGCUAGAAUUCAAAGUCGUAGGUAGGGUUUGAUUCAUAUUAAAGAAGAGAGCAACAAAAAGUCAAAGUACCGAAGAGAGAGCAUAGCUUUUUGUCUGAGACUGCGCGUGCAGUUGAGCUUAGCCAAAACGUCAACACAAAGGUUGAAUUUGAUUGGCUUAUUCGCGCGUCUAAAAAUAGCCUGAUCCUAGUAAACGCCGUAACACCUAUAUACUACCAGAAUGUGGGGAAGUUGAUUGCCCCUACUUAUGAGCCCCCCCGUCCCCGUACAUAUAGUGCGGUAAGGGGUUGAGUUGGACUUGCAUUUAUAGAUUAUUAUGGAACUUAAUUUAGCCCACGCAUCUUUAUGUUACAAAUUAUUUCAGUUUUGAUGAUUACAGCACAUUUCAAUUCCA